AUCCUGAAUGUUCGUAUGGACUACCGCCUCUCCUUCCUGCUGUCCAUCUUUAAGAAGGAGUUUGUGGAGAUUUAUCCCAUGGCUGACGCUGAUGCCACCACUAGCAUGGAGCAAGCAGCCAACAUCAACCUCCAGCUCAUCGGAGAGCAGGCCGAGGCCAUGUUUGGAGUUGGGAAGGGAAACAGCAUCCUAGAAGUGGAUGAUGAGGGUGGUCGAAUGUUCCUGCGGGUGCUGAUCCACCUCACCAUGCACGAAUACCCUCCUCUGGUGUCCGGAGCGCUGCAGCUGCUCUUCAGACACUUCAGCCAGAGACAGGAAGUGCUCCACACCUUUAAACAGGUCCAGCUGCUGAUCUCCGCUCAGGAUGUGGAGAACUACAAGCUGAUCAAGGCAGACCUGGAUCGCCUGAGGACACUGGUGGAGAAGUCUGAACUGUGGGUGGAGAAGAAAGACAAAAAGGAGAAAGUAGAGAUCCUGGAGCGCCUGAAUAAGAUGUGCAGCACUGGAGUUUGGAAAAAGCAGCAGAGGUUGCUGAAAAAUAUGGGAGCUCAUAAAGUCAUGUUGGAUCUUCUGCAGGUCUCCUACGACAAGAGCGACGUGAAGAUGCAGGAGAUCAUCAAGUACACUCACCUGUUCCUGCAGAAGUUCUGUAUGGGGAACCAAGAGAACCAGGCUUUGCUGCACAAGAACCUCAACCUGUUCCUCAACCCGGGGCUGCUGGAGGCGGAGACGGUGCAGCACAUCUUCAGUAACAACUACCAGCUGUGCAGCGAGAUCUCUGAGAGCGUCCUGCAGCACUUCGUCCACUGUCUGGCGACGCACGGCCGCCACGUCCAGUACCUUAACUUCCUCCACACCAUCAUCAAGGCCGAGGGCAAGUACGUGAAGAAGUGCCAGGACAUGAUCAUGACGGAGUUGACGAACGCUGGCGAAGACGUGGUCGUCUUUUACAACGACAAGGCCUCCUUCAACACCAUGUUGGAGCUGAUGGCUGAGAGCAGGGAGGGAGUUGGCGAGAACAGCCCCCUCAGGUACCACAUCUCUCUGGUGGAGCUGCUGGCGGCGUGUGCUGAGGGGAAGAACGUUUACACAGAGAUUAAAUGUACAUCUCUGCUGCCACUGGAGGACGUGGUCAGAGUGGUGACCCAUGAGGACUGCAUCACCGAGGUGAAAAUUGCCUAUGUAAACUUUGUGAAUCACUGCUACGUGGACACUGAGGUGGAAAUGAAGGAAAUCUACACGUCCAACCACAUCUGGAAGCUGUUUGAGGACUUUACAGUGGACAUGGCUCGGGUUUGUAAUAAACGAGAGAAGCGUCUGACUGACCCAGUCCUGGAGAAAUACAUCAUCAACGUGGUGUUUGACACCAUCAACGCCUUCUUCAGCUCCCCAUUCUCUGAAAACAGCACCUCUCUGCAGACUCAUCACACCAUCGUGACUCAGCUGCUGCAGUCGUCCGUCAGGCUGCUGGACUGUCCCUGGCUGCAGCAGCAGCACAGAGGACAAGUGGAGGUCUGCAUCAAGACGCUCGCCAUGACAGCAAAGAGCCGUUCCAUCUCUCUUCCUCUGGAACUGGAAGCUCAGAUCGGCUCCAUGUUGUCCAACUCGGCUCUGAGCUCCUUGUCCAGAAACAACCCUAACUACAAAUCCUCCACCCGUUCCUCCAGACCCAACAUCUCCUCCAACCCCUGGGAUUACAAGAACAUCAUAGAGAAGCUGCAGGACAUUAUUAACACCCUGGAGGACCGUCUGAAGCCACUGGUGAAUGCUGAGCUCUCGGUGUUAGUGGAUGUCCUCCACCAGCCAGAGCUGCUGUUCCUGGAGGGAACCGACGCCCGACAGCGCUGCGAGUCUGGAGGCUUCAUCUCCAAGUUGAUCCAACACACCAAAGCGCUGAUGAACUCAGAGGAGAAGCUGUGCAUCAAAGUCCUGCAAUGCUGAUCAGGA